UGAGCUACCGACGCUGUGUAUAGAGCUGAACUGAUACAUUGUGUCUAUCACUGUCCGGCUUUAGUUAAUCUCAUUUUAUUUAUUUGAUAUAUUUUAUGGUAUUAUUUAUACAGCUCCUGCUCUCUACACGCGUUUUUAAGUGAUUAUUUGCCUCCAGUUUGUGGGUGUCCCCAUUGGCAGCAGGUCCUCUCAUUCAGAGUCGAAGCGCAGCAACCACACCGUCACUGACCUCAGCAGCACCAGUGGUUACAGUAUCCUACAAGAACCUCUUGUUAUAACACAAGGCACCCGGCUACCGAAAUUAAUUCGAUUGUCAAAAUGACCAAAGCCGAGAUGGGAAGAUUUAACAUUUCUCCAGAUGAGGACAGUAUUAGUAAUAGUUCGAACAGCAACGAAGAUUUCCUCUAUUCGGACUUUCCAGUAAAGAAAUUGACUAUUAAUGGCGGCCCUUAUGAUACGGAUCCAGAAAACCAAAAUUUUCUUCUUGAGCCAACUCUGGCAAAAAAGAAAUAUGAACCAGCAUACAUUCCAGGGACCACCUCAUUUGGAAUGUCCGUAUUUAAUCUCAGCAAUGCCAUCGUGGGUAGUGGCAUUCUUGGUUUGUCAUAUGCCAUGGCCAACACAGGAAUUGCACUCUUUAUGAUUCUCCUGGUGUUUGUUGCAAUAUUUUCUCUGUAUUCCAUUCAUUUACUACUAAAGACUGCGAAGGAAGGAGGUUCUUUGUUAUACGAGCAGCUUGGAUUUAAGGCUUUUGGGUUUUUUGGAAAAUGUGCUGCAUCUGGAUCUGUUACAAUGCAGAAUAUUGGAGCUAUGUCAAGCUACCUCUAUAUAGUGAAAUAUGAAUUGCCUCUUGUGAUAAAGGAGCUGAUGGGAAGCAGUGCCGUUGAAGGAGCGUGGUAUUUAAAUGGAGAUUACAUGGUUAUUUUGGUUUCGUUUUUUCUCAUCCUACCUUUGUCGCUUUUGAGAAAUCUAGGAUACUUGGGCUACACUAGUGGCCUCUCCUUGAUGUGCAUGGUCUUCUUUCUCAUUGUUGUGAUCUACAAGAAAUUUCAGAUCAUGUGCCCAGACUGGGGAUACCACGAUGAGCUGAAUAUAACUCUAAACAACACAUUGUCUGCCUUAGUCACUCAUGCACCGACACACGAAGUGGAACACAACGAAACUGAUGAUAUGUGCACACCAAAAUAUUUUGUGUUCAACUCUCAGACUGUGUAUGCCGUGCCCAUUCUGACUUUCUCCUUUGUCUGCCAUCCGGCCGUUCUUCCCAUUUAUCAAGAACUUAAAGAUCGAAACCGCAAAAGGAUGAUGAAUGUUUCCAAUGUGUCCUUUUUUGCCAUGUUUCUCAUGUAUCUGUUGGCUGCACUGUUUGGAUAUUUGACAUUUUACGGAAAUGUUGAGCCAGAGUUACUACAUACAUACUCGAAGGUUGUAGGAGCCGGAGUAAUAUUUAUCGUUGUACGUUUGGCAGUUCUUGUGGCAGUCACCUUAACCGUGCCGAUUGUAGUGUUUCCAAUUCGCAGUUCCAUCACAGAGCUCCUGUUUUCAGGACGAGAAUUUGCCAUGUGGCGUCACUGUCUUAUAACAUUCUUGAUCUUGUCUUUCACCAACGUCCUCGUCAUUUUUGUCCCUACUAUAAGGGAUAUUUUCGGAUUCAUUGGUGCCUCUGCUGCUGCAAUGCUGGUGUUUAUUCUUCCGUCAGCGUUUUACAUAAAACUGGUGAAGAAAGAAUCCAUGAAAUCAGUUCAAAAGAUCGGGGCCAUGCUGUUUCUUGUCAGUGGAUUUAUUGUCAUGAUCGGAAGUAUGACACUGAUCAUCAUGGAUUGGGUCCACAAUGCUACAUCUGAUGGCCACUAAGGGAGUCAAUACUGAGCACCUUGCUUGAAAGUGGAUAAACUCACUCACAAGCCACCUACUGAGAGAGUAUUGGCCAUUGUUUGCAGUUCCACUUCCUUCAAGAUACCAACUUUUAUUAAAAAAUUUUUUAUAUAGAACAAAAGAAAUAUUCAGAAACUGGUUCUAUAAAAAAAAAAAACAAAGACGUUACCACCUUAUAUCCAAAGGUUUUUACUGAAGGAAGUCAUUUUAUUCCAUUCUGGAGAAUGGACAAAAAUAUUUAAACUUUUAUCAAGCCAUAUAUUUGGCUAUUCUCACUUACUGUUACUUGUAAUUUCACAUGUUUAUUACUUGAAUGUGCCUACAGGAACCAUUUCAUGUGAAGACACACCGAUACACAAAAGUGUUAACUUGUAUGUGGGGAGAAGGUCAAAUUGGCCUUUUUGUACCAAAAAUGAUCUAACAAACACUUGAGAAGAAUACGAUGUAAAAACUGUGCUUGUAUUUAUUUUUUUAAAGCAAAGCAUAGCUGGUUUAUUACAGUAUCUGUAAAAACCUUAAUCAGUAUUUUUUUUGGUAAUUAUUUUUCGUCACUUGAAUAAGUGGACAGUAUAACACCAGAAAUGUCUCCUACAAAAUGAAGACGGACUAAAACAUUGAUAAUGUAAUGUAAUGGCAUUAUUUAUGGAGGCUAAUGUUUGGUGUUGGUUGGGGGGAUGUUCUGUAAUGAUCAUUUUCUAAGUAUAUAUCACAACUAAGGGUUUAAAGGAGUUAAUAGAAGGUUGACUGUCAACUUUACAAAAUAGGCUAAAAUGGCAAAAUUGGACCCAAGUCGCCAACUUGACUGAUUUAAAAAAAAUUAGCUUUUUUGGUCUCAAUAUUGUAAGUGUCCUGUCAACUUGUAGUUUAGUGACUCUAAAGUGCUAAUUUUCCUUUGGUACUGAAGAUGAGUUUAGUAAUAUGUGUCUAACGUUUGAAUCUUUGAACUCUAGAAUUUAGCCAUCAUUUCUACAACUCUAGUAUCUGCAGACUGUGUACAGCAUAUGUUACUCAUUCUACUUACCCAAAGAGGGGAUUGGUGCAAAAAAAAUAAUCAAAAGUGACAAGUUUCGUACGAUCCAACAUCAUUUAUUAUCAAUUCAUGGUACAGAAGUGAAAUUGUAAAAUUCCUAAUUUAUUCAGUCCCCAUGGCAGUUUACAUUGUGUACAGUAUUUCACAAUAUUUAAAUCUUAAUUUAUAAAAUACUGGUUUACUUGAGGACCAUCUUUGUUUUAUAUAAUGCCAGUGCAUGAGGCUUUAUUUUUAAACCUCACUUAAUUAUUUUCUGCUCGUAGAUGUUAAACUUGUACUUUUUUUGAUAAUACACUUGCCACAAUUUCGGUAGGCAAAAACAAAUGAAAAGCCAGACGGUCCCCCACGAUUGCAAUAUCAAAUAACCAUCGAAAGUGUAUAUAGAAAUAGCAGCUUAGCAAAAGGGUGAUGCAAUGUUUGCUAUGGGAUGUUUUUUCUCCUUGACUACUGGUGUAUACAGGACUGUUGAUUGUAUAGACCAGAAUGCUACAUAUAAUGAUUUGCAACGUGGAGUUUAUUAUAUAUUACUCAAAUGUGAGGUUUGAUAUUCCCACAUUCUUUGAUCAGUAUUGUUGAAAAUAAAUAUCAAUUUUUUUUUUUUUUUGCAAGGCCCAGUAAUCUAAAGAUGCUUUGUUUAACAUCUACAGCAGCCUCAGACAGCAUGGAGAGGCCAUGAUCUGAGUAUGGCCAUGCUGUUUGCCAUUCACUUCAAGAGAGGGUUUUAAUAAUGUGAUUAUUUCACUUUAAAUGUUUUUGUUUUGUAGAACUGGGAAAACUGGUGCAGCAAUAUAUUUGUAAUCGGCUAUAAUUUUCAGGUUUACACAUACAACAUCUAUGUGGAUGUUAUUGCUAAUUUUUCAUUAUGCUAAACGUACUGUUCCUCACAAUUCUGCAUGUGCUCUCUGCAUUGAGUUAUGUAUGAAUAUUUAGCAUCUAUGUUUACUAAUGCUGAAACUGAUAAUGGCAUUUUAAAAAAAACAAACAAUGUUUAAUCUCAUCUCCUGAAAAAAUCCACGUGGGAAUAACGCAGUAUGCUUGAAAAGAAAAAUCUCAUUUCCGAAUUAAGAAUUUGAAGUAUUUCAUCAAUUUUGUUUGUCGCCUCAUCGUCUUCCACAGGCAAAUUUAACACUAAUGUGCUAUUUAUAGAACAUUACACUGUUGAAAGUCAAGCUAUUUUUCAAUAUUUAUGAUCUUUGUAUAGUAGAUCCCUGUAAAUAUAUAAAUAUGUAAAAUAAUGUAAUUUAAAAUGUACAUAAUUUUUUUUUGUUACGUAUUUUUCAUUCAUGUUACAUGUAACUGGAGGUUACCUUCUCUCAUUUUCAAAGGGAAACCAUUUCCGGGUUUUAAAAUUUUUUUAUUGACUUUAUUAAAAAGAAAAUAAUAGUCUAUCAAUUUCAUUAUUUGACCUGCCUAAAUUUCAGAACAUCUUCAUCACUAUGCCCAAGGAAGGAGCCAUUUUGUGUGAAUUACAAAUGGUCAGAUUUAAGAUGAAAACACUUGGGGAGGGGGGUGGGGGGGUGGGGGUUCCAAACAGAAUUGGCUUUGUACAAAAUUUUGGGGAUUUUAUCGUAAAAUUCCCUGUUAUUAAAUUAACACCCGUAUUCUAUAUUGUGAUGGAAUAAGAUUUUCUGAAGCAGUCAAUUUUAUUUGACAACCUGUCUCUGCUUACACUUCACAAUAUAGUUGGUAAAUUUAUUUUCUUCGAGCGAUCACGCUAAAGUUGCGACUAUAUAUUUUCUUUUUAUUAAUUAGUCACCUUUUAAUAAGUUACUUUUUUUUGUUGGAAUGUGCUCUUAGACAUACCGAUUUAAAUUGCUCCAUAAAACCUCCAUGGCUUCCUGUGUAAUAACGUUAUAACUGGAAUAAUGUAGGCAAUGUAGCUCUUUAUUGAACCGCAAUUCGUUACUAGAUGUCUAUAAACACCAAUUUUAAUAUUUCCUAUUGAAUGCAAGGGAUAUUUAAUUAUGGGUUUUUCAGAGCUUCACCGUGUUCUACUCCAGUAUUUGCUAAUCUUGGUACCUAAGAUAUUUCCAAACUACAUUUCCCAUCAUGCACAGUCCACCUUAAAGCUGGGUGAGUAUUAUGGGUGAUGUAGUCCAGACAUAUCUGGAGCAUUAUGGUUACCGGUGAGCAUGAAACCGCUCAAAUGUUGUUGCUUUACCAAGUCCUAUACUUAACAUACAUCAAUUUGUGCAAUUUUUAAGGAAGACCAAAGAACAUUUAGUGGAGCAAUUUGUAAAACGUCUAUAGGUGUAGAUAAUUAUACCCAUUACUUACAUUCACUUAUUGAUUGUACUUAACAUCUGAAUUGAUAUUUGUGUUGUACAGUUUUGGGUUUUAUGGAUCACAUGGUUACAUUUUCCUGUAUAUUACUGUAAAAUAUUAGUCUUCUAUAGCGAAAAGGCCAGCGUCUCUGUUUUGAGGGGUUGGGGAGGUCUCGAGUUUCAAUGAAACACUGUAUGCUUUUAAUUAAACUAAAAAUAAAAACCAUAAUAUGA